CGCAAUUAAGUGGCGGACGCCGCGCCUCGGUGUGUCCGGGUGUUUCCGCGCUUCACUCCCUGUACUGCGGAACCUGGGCCCAACGGAGAGCCGGAGAGGACCCUCUAAUCUAGAGCAGAAAUGAAUAAAAACAGCUGGCAGAAUAGGAGACACAGGAGAAGGAGCCACCAGCAGAACCCUUGGUUCAGACAACACAGUUCUGAGAGCAGGUGUAACGCAGGGAUACGGCAAAGCCUCCAGGAUUCUGACCCUGACGGUGACGAGGCCCCAUCGACCUCAUCCAGUACAGAUGGGAGUUCUGCGCCAGAUCUCCCAGGAUAUUACUUUGAUCCUGAAAAGCAACGCUACUUCCGCUUGCUCCCUGGACAUAACAACUGCAACCCCCUCACAAAGGAGAGCAUCCGGCACAAGGAGAUGGAGAGCAAAAGGCUACAGCUGCUGGAGGAAGACAGGCAGAAAAAGAAAACAGCCAGAGUGGGAUUUAAUACAUCUUUCUUGCUACAAAAAAGCAAGCUGGGUUUUCUCAAUGUCACCAGUUAUUGCCGUUUAGCCCAUGAGCUGCGAGUGAGCUGCAUGCAAAGGAAAAAGGUCCAAAUUCAGAGCUCGGAUCCCUCUACUUUGGCAAGUGACCGAUUUAACCUUAUACUGGCGGAUACCAACAGCGACCGGCUCUUCACAGUGAACGAUGUCAAAGGCGGAGGUUCCAAGUAUGGCAUCAUCAACUUGUGUGGUCUGAAGAUGCCCUCGCUCAAAGUGUAUAUGCAUGAAAACCUCUACUUUACCAACCAGAAGGUGAACUCUGUGUGCUGGGCCUCACUGAAUCACCUGGAUUCCCACAUUCUGCUGUGCCUCAUGGGAAUUGCAGAAACUCUAGGCUGUGCCACCCUCCUCCCAGCAUCGCUGUUCAUCAGUAGCCACCCAGCAGGAGACCAGCCUGGCAUGCUGUGCAGUUUCCGGAUCCCUGGGGCCUGGUCCUGUGCUUGGUCCCUGAACAUCCAAGCGAGUAAUUGUUUUAGUACAGGCUUGUCUCGGCGGGUUCUGGUGACCAACGUGGUGACGGGACACCGGCAGUCAUUUGGGACCGGCAGUGAUGUCCUGGCCCAGAAGUUUGCUGUCCUGUCUCCUUUGCUGUUUAACGGCUGUCGUUCCGGGGAAAUCUUUGCCAUUGAUCUGCGCUGUCGAAAUCAGGGCAAGGGCUGGAAGGCCACCCACCUGUUCCAUGACUCAGCAGUGACCUCUGUGCAGAUCCUCCGAGAAGAGCAGAACCUGAUGGCGUCCGACAUGGCGGGGACGAUCAAGCUGUGGGACCUGCGGACCAGUAAGUGUAUAAGGCAAUAUGAAGGUCACGUGAACGAGUAUGCCCACCUGCCCCUACACGUGCACGAGGAAGAAGGAAUCAUGGUGGCAGUGGGCCAGGACUGCUACACGAGAAUCUGGAGCCUCCGUGAUGCCCAGCUGCUGAGAACCAUCCCCUCCCCGCACCCCACCUCCAAGGCCGACAUUCCCAGCGUGGCCUUCUCUUCUCAGCUCGGAGGCUUCCGGGGAGCGCCAGGGCUGCUCAUGGCUGUUCAGCAGGACCUUUAUUGUUUCUCGUACAGUUAAUUCAGGGUGCAGCCUGGAUGGAUGUGGAUUUGACUUAAGAGAGUAAAGAGUAGCCAUACUUCUACCACAAUGGCUAUUGCCAGUGAGGGCAUUUUAAAUGGAUGCUUGGUGUAUACGGGGUCCCUUUUAGCCAGGUGCUGGGGAGAUAGUGCUGUUUUAUGUGGAGACGCUUCAGUAAAGUUAUUUCGGUUAAGUUGUGGGCUCAGAGAGCUUAAAAGUCCUUUUCAUAAAAGGUACCUAUUUCCUUUUCUUGUUGAAUUCCUUCGAAUAAUCCCUUCCCCCUAACCUUUCUUUUUUAAACAAAAAACUUUGUAUAAGGGCUAAAGUUUGGCAAUAAGUAAAGUUGCUUUCAGCAAAA